UGGUGGAGUAGGUGCCGAACCAGUCACUCAUGACGAGACCGUCCCAUGCCCACUCGCCGCGGAGCAUGUCUUGCAGCAACUUGGUGUUCUCGGAGCAGUAAUGGCCCUGGACCGAGUUGUAGCCGGUCAUGAAGGCACCUGGCUGAGCAUCGCGGACGGCGAGCUGGAAGGGAAGGGCAUAAAUCUCGCGCAAGGCACGCUCUGUAACGAUGACGUCGACAGCGUUGCGCUUGUGCUCGUGGUCAUUGCAGACAAAGUGCUUGACAGUCGCCUGGACGCCAGUGGACUGGAUGCCACGGACGAUGGCGGCAGCACCCAGACCAGCAAGGAAGGGGUCCUCGCCGAUAGACUCGAAGCCACGGCCUCCAGUAGGUGCUCUCUGCAUGUUGAUGGUAGGCCCAAGGAUGACGUGAGCACCUUUAGCCUUGGCCUCGUCGCCCAUCUUGGCACCGGCCUUCUCGAGCAGCUCCGUGUUCCAGGUCGCACCGAGGGCGGUUCCGCAGGGGAAGCAGGCCGCGGGGACUCCAUUGAAGAAUUUUGUGCCUCGGACACCGUUGGGGCCGUCUGAGAAUCUCAGCGAGGGGAUGCCGUGCUGGGGGAAGCCCUUUGUGUGCCAGAAGUCGAUGCCGGCCAGGAGGUCGACCUUCUCGCGGGUGGAGAGCUUCUUGAGCACCUCCUCGACGUUGAUGUCGGCCAUGAUGUGGACUGUGGUAUGUGUAAAUUUGGUGAGAGGGGACGGGCACACCUAUAGUCCAGUUCAUGACGGUUGCCGUUGCUGUGACAUGACCUCGAGGCUUUAUAUGGGUUGGGCAGCCCCCGGAGCCGGGGCCGUGAUGCCCCCCCGUCCGAGC